AUGCCUUCACUCAUUUCAUUGCUGCCGGCUCCGAAUUUUAAAGAUCUUCAGCAGAAAUGUGAGCGAACCUCUCUUGAUAUUGGCCAACUUGUUUGCAGACCUCCAAGCAAGAACGCAUGGAAGUUUUGCUACAUGGCAGCAGACGAUAUUGAGCCACAAGAUUCGGACUGGAGCAAAGCAGUGUCAACACCAGGAAUAUAUGUUCUUGGGAAAAGGGUCGACAGGUUUUACGAAAUUGCCAUUGAUGAACUAUAUAUUCCAUGGCUUUUUCAUCACAAGUUUCAGUUUCUCAACAGCAUUGAGUCCAAAGCCAUCACCGAUAAAGAUAUCGAUCGCUUCUAUAUCGCCAACUUGAUCGGUCAAAUGAUGACCUUCCUUCCAAUUGGGUUGCAGCCAGAUUUGGGUCUUCCAACCAAGGCGCUUGUGCAACUACCGCUCAGCCAGAAAAUAUGUAUCCAAUUAGAUAGCUAUACGCUCAGCGUAAAAAAAGAGAGGAAUACAGAAGCUUCUAAUAUAAUUCUUCUUGGUGGUGGCGUUUAUGAAUGCGAGAAGGGGUGCAGCGGCCAAAAGCUGGGUAACAGGGACAUGGUGAGCCUCCAGCUUGGUGGCGUCGUGACAAGAUUCGUUUUCCAGAGACUCACACACAUGCCAUCGCCGUCUGAAGAAGUCGGGCUGGUGACUCUUUCCAUUGAUUACGAUGGGUGGUACGAAGACCAUAAAGGUGCACAUUGUCUUUCUGACAAAGUCUUAAGAGUCAUUCAGACGAUGAAAGUAGGCCAAAAAGUCCUAAUUAUAGCAAACGAGAAUGGGAAUCUAGGAGUAGAGAAAAAGGAUAGGAGAAAGGAGAUGCGCAUUUGCCUCCAUGUUUCGCACGUGUUAGCAUCUCAUACAAUUGAAUUAUUAGUUUCAGAAAUUUUAGGAAGAUUUUGCAGCUAG